AUGGUCUGCCCGAGAUCGGCCCGCACCCUGGGCAAAGGCUUGGGCGAGUUUCGCCGCGCCACCAACGAACUCAAGCGGACCCUCGAUGCCGAGAUGAUCGAGGAGGAGCUGCGCAAGAGCGAUCCCCGCCGAAUCUUGAAAGACCGAGAUCGACAAGCUGCAACCGGCCAGCGAGCCUACCGCCACGGCGGGCGACUCACCUACAGCUGUGGAUACGGACGAUCAGGGUGCCGAGUUUCCUCGCACCGCGCCCGGUUCGGCCGGCGGCAAGACUUCGUGAGAGAGCAGCUACCGCCUGCCGGCGGAUCGGAGCCCGACGCGGAAGAGCUCUCACGGAUGGGACUCCUCGACCAUCUCGACGAGCUGCGCAAGCGGCUGCUCUACGCUGCUUUGGCCUUUAUCGUCACCUUCUUGGCUUGUUGGAGCUUUCACCGCCAGAUCUAUGAUUUCCUGGCGCAGCCGAUCUACCGCAUUCUCGAUGGCAAGAAGCUGGUCGCCGCGCUGGCUGGGAUCUUCCUGGCUUCGCCGAUCAUCCUCUAUCAGCUCUGGGCCUUCGUGGCGCCGGGUCUCUACCGCCGCGAGCGCCGAAUGGCGGGGCCAUUCAUCUUUUUUGGCUCGGUGCUCUUCCUGGCUGGAGGGGCUUUCGCCUACUACGUUGCGUUUCCGUUCGCGGUCGAGUUUCUGGUCGGCAUGGGCGAGGACUUCGAGGCCUCGAUCACGGUGUCGAGCUACCUCGGAUUCUUGAUGACCGUGAUCUUGGGGCUCGGGGUGAUGUUCGAGCUGCCGACCUUGAUCUUCUUGUUGGCCAAGAUCGGCGUGGUGACGCCGCGAUUCUUGCUGCGCCACUUCCGCUGGGCGGUGGUGAUCAUCUUCGUCGUUGCGGCGGUGAUCACCCCGACGCCCGACGUGGUCAACCUGUGCGUCUUUGCCCUGCCGACGAUCGUGCUCUAUCUAGUGGGCGUCGCGGUUGCCUGGACGGUGACGCCUGACAAGCGGCGCCAGAAGGAUGGGGGCGAGGACGAAGGUGAGCGAGAAGAUUGA